CUUGGACAUUAGCCUAAAAAGUCCCGUGGUUUUCUCCCUUUCGGGUUUCCACGUAAAAACUGAGUUGUUCAUACACAUUUAUACAUAUAUUUACUAUAUCGUGUUGGAUUAAACUCAACACUGGCGCCGUCUGUGGGAAUCUGUCCAAAAAGAUUCACGUUGUUCUUCGUUUCUAAGAAAAAUUCAUACGAAAAUGCAUUGAUUACAAAAAAAAAAACAUCCUGGAAAAAUGAUUAUGAGAAGUUCUGGAUCUGGGGAGAAGAAAAAAUUCGAUGUUGGAGGUUCUGGAUUUCAGCAAAGAAAAAGGAGGAUCCUGGAGGAUCUGGCACUCUGGAUCUUGCUCUGGUUUGCUGCCGCCGGAGCAUCGCCGCCGCCGGAGCAUUACCACACCGUCAUUGUCAUCACCGAUCAACCGCAGGUCACUCCCCCACCUGGUCAUUUGCGGCUCGAGCUUCCAUCGGCCAUCCCGUUCUGCCGACGCGACCUGAGGACCCAUGGGUUGGGAGUUUCACUGAUUCCGCCAUUAAUGAAGGUUUGGAGGUCGGGGAAGGUGCUUUCGAAGCUUAAGUAGCAGGUCUCCCACCGAAACCUGGCCGGGCGUCCAUCCUUGCUCCGCGGCGAAGUCUGUGCCUCUGCCGGAUGGCCUUGGGUUGGUGAGCCGGUGUUCCAGCUGGCUUCUCGGAUGAUACAGGGUACUGAUAUUGCUUGGAGGCUUUGGUCCUCAGGAGGCCACGUGAAAGGAAGUGGAUGGUGGCUGAGAGAUAAGGCUUUGGAGCAUCUCGAACAAGUCAAAGUUGCUACAGGGUUUAAAUUAAUGGCUGGC